AAAGUUUAGCAAAAAAAUCUCUUGUAAAUUUAAAGAAUGAAAAAGCAUACACAGAGGCAAUCCCACGUGGCCAGUGAAAGUGGUGGCAAGAUUGCAAAAUAGAGUAAAAAAUUGCAAGUUAAGGGCCCCACCCCACAAAAGACAUAUGUCCGUUGGAGAAGAACGAAAAGACCUACCAUAAAAAUAUAGCCGUUGGGUCAAAAUGUCUGUUAAUGUCAAUGGAGAAAAAACUAACCUUUCUGCUUCAUCUCUGCAACGUUAUCCGGCUACAUAUUUGUAUGCAAGUAAAAAGUAGCCGUUACCCUUUCUGCUCCUAUACAGACUUUGUCCACUCUUCACAUGCUUCUGCAUCACUCACUUCCAUCUCUAAUCAUUCCCCUCUCUCCUUCUAUAUCUUCUAUUUCAUUUCUUCAACUCAAACACAUCAUCAUCACCAAUCAUCAUCAUCACCAAUCAUCAUCAUCAUUAUUCCCCUUCAUUUCUCUCUUCCAUCACCAUUUCUUACUUCUCAUUCUAAGUUUGUUCAUGGAGAAGAAUAAAUUCUUCUUCUCCUUGUUCUUCCUUUUGUUUCUGCUAGCUCAGUUUGCUUCAUGCCAGAGAUGGGAUGGUGUCAUUGUAACACAAUCGGAUUACAAAUCUCUCCGAGCUAUAAAGAACGAGCUCAUCGACUUUAAAGGGUUUUUACGCAGCUGGAACGAUAGCGGAUAUGGAGUUUGUUCUGGCGGAUGGGCCGGUAUCAAAUGUGUUAAAGGACAAGUUAUUGCUAUACAACUUCCAUGGAGGGGUAUUGGUGGUAAAAUCUCUGAAAAUAUUGGUCAGCUUAAAGCUCUUAGAAAAAUUAGUCUCCAUGACAAUGUUCUUUCUGGGACUAUCCCUUUAUCUCUAGGUUUCCUUACUGAGCUUAGAGGUGUUUAUCUUUUCAACAACCGCCUUUCGGGUUCUAUUCCUGCUUCCAUUGCUAAUUGUUCUAGUCUUCAGGGUCUUGAUGUUAGUAAUAAUUUACUUACUGGUGUAAUUCCUCCUGCUUUAGCUAAUUCUAAUAGAUUAUAUAGGCUUAACUUGAGUUUUAAUUCUUUAAGUGGUGCAAUUCCUUCUGGUUUAACUCGUUCGCCUUCUAUUACUUUUCUUGCUUUGCAACACAACAAUCUUUCUGGUUCUAUACCAGAUUCUUGGGAUAAGUCUUACCAACUUCAGGUUUUGUCACUUGAUCAUAAUUUUCUAACUGGUAAAAUUCCGGUGAGUUUUCGCCAUUUGGAUUCUCUUAGAGACCUUUCUUUGAGUCAUAAUCAGAUUUCUGGUAACAUUCCUAGUGAACUAGGUAAGCUUUCAGGUUUACUAAAGCUUGAUUUUUCAAAUAAUGCUAUUAAUGGAAGCUUACCCUCUAGCUUUGCCAAUCUUUCCUCUUUAGUCUCAUUGAAUUUGCAGAGUAAUCACCUUGACAGCCAAAUCCCAGAUAUUUUUGACAGAUUUCAUAAUCUUUCUGCGCUUAACCUUAAAAACAAUCAGUUUAAAGGUCCUAUUCCAGCAAGUAUUGGAAACAUUUCUAGUGUCAGUCUAAUUGAUUUAUCACAAAAUAAUUUUACUGGAGAAAUUCCAGCUUCAAUUGCUGGUCUAGCCAAUCUUACUUCUUUUAAUGUUUCUUAUAAUAAUCUAUCUGGUUCUGUUCCUUCUUUGCUCUCUAAAAAGUUCAAUUCAAGCUCUUUUGUGGGGAAUCUUCAGCUAUGCGGCUUCAGCGGUUCGACUCCAUGUGCUUCGCCGCCGCCUGUUAUUCAACGGUCUCCAACAAUGUUAGGGCCAAUAAAGCUUCAUCACAAGAAGAAGCUUAGCACUAGGGACAUUAUUCUUAUAGCAGCUGGUGCCUUAUUAGGAUUACUGCUUUUACUUUGCUGCAUUCUGAUAUGUUGUUUGAUGAGGAGAAGAGCUGCUCGAAAGCGCAAUGAUGGUAAAACUGCUGCUGUUGGGAGGACAGACAAGGCAGGAGGAGGGUCUGCAGAAGCCGAAUCAGGCGGCGAAAUGGGUGGAAAGCUAGUUCAUUUUGAUGGUCCAUUUGUGUUUACUGCUGAUGAUUUAUUGUGUGCAACUGCAGAAAUAAUGGGAAAAAGCACUUAUGGAACUGCAUACAAGGCCACUCUAGAGGAUGGGAAUCAUGUAGCUGUGAAAAGGCUGCGAGAAAAGACUACGAAGGGGCUGAAGGAAUUCGAAUCCGAGGCGGCUUCACUCGGGGCGAUUCGUCAUCCGAAUUUGUUGGCGUUACGAGCCUAUUACUUAGGACCUAAAGGAGAGAAGCUUCUUGUUUUUGACUACAUGCCUAAAGGGAGUCUUGCAUCAUUUCUUCACGCUCGUGGACCGGAGAUAGUCAUCGAUUGGCCAACAAGGAUGAACAUAGCCAUCGGAAUCUCGAGAGGAUUGAGCUACCUUCAUACGGACGAGAAUAUAGUCCAUGGAAACUUGACAUCAAGCAACAUACUACUAGAUGAGCAAACCAAUGCUCACAUUGCAGACUAUGGUCUUUCCAAGCUGAUGACACCUUCAGCCAACACCAACAUCAUUGCUACAGCAGGAGCACUUGGAUAUCGCGCGCCAGAACUACCAAAGCUGAAGAAUUCCAACACAAAGAGUGAUGUUUACAGUUUAGGAGUGAUAAUUCUCGAGCUAUUGACAGGGAAAUCACCCGGCGAGCCGACGAAUGGCAUGGAUUUGCCACAGUGGGUAGCAUCCAUAGUGAAAGAGGAAUGGACUAAUGAAGUAUUUGAUUUGGAACUUAUGAAAGACGCAGCUGCUAUAAGCGAUGAGUUGCUUAAUACCUUGAAAUUGGCUCUGCAUUGCGUUGAUCCAUCGCCGUCAGCUCGUCCUGAAGCUGAACAAGUUGUUCAGCAGCUAGAGGAAAUUAAGCCUGACCUUGCUGCUGCCAGUUCUGCUGAUGAAGGAGCCAAAAUCCCACCACCAACAAGUGAAUAGAAAGAAAGAGUUUUGGGUUGGUUUUACUUGAAUUUUUACCACACAGUUUAUAGAAGCAUAGUUAUCAGAUUCUUUGAUUCAUAUUAUUUAUAUGUAAGUAUGUAUACAUUAGCGUGGGGUUGAUUUAGAGUAUAUUCUUUUUUGUCUUGAACAAUAAUAAAUGUAAUUCAUAGUCAAGAGUAAACAAUAUGAAAUUACAGCAACAUUUUGAUUGUCCUAAUUUGUAUUCAGAUUUGGUUAAAUUACCUUAUUUUGGUUCAGUGAGAUCUAAGAGGAGUUGUUUUCUGGUUA